UGAUUAUUCCGGAUUGUAAAAAUGGUGGAACGUUGGUGGAAGAAAAUGGAAAAUUUAAAUGUAACUGCCCACUAAACACAUUCGGUGACGAUUGCAAUUGUCGAUUCAAGUUUACAAAUGCAACAUCUUUGUUUCCCGAUCCCUACGCAGAAAGAUUAGUGUCUGAUUCAGCGGAAUGUGAUGAAAACUGUGCUAACGAUAUCAGAUGUUCCACUUCUACCAUGACUUAUCUUAAAAAAUGUAAACUUUACGAAACACCAGUCAUCUUCGUGUCGUAUGACGAAGACCUAUGUAUUGAAAAAUGCAACGAGAUGAGUGAAUAUUGUCGAUACAAGUAUUCAAAUGUAAAAUCUUUGACGCCCCGUGCCUACGCAGAAAGAACUGUGUCUGAUUCAGCGAAAUGUGAUGAAAACUGUGCUAACGAUACCAAAUGUUCCACUUCUACCACUUGGCUUGGAACAUGUCUUCGUUACAAAACACCAAUCAUCUUCGUGUCGUUGGAUGGAAAAGAAGACCAAUGUAUUGAAAAGUGCAACGAGAUGAGUGAAUGUAAAACGAUUUGCACUCAAAACCAUACUAGGAAUUUUUCCUGUUAUUUAUUUAACGUUACCUUGGACAAGAUUCCAGAUAAUAUGAAACGACCUUACAAAGCCAAUUAUAAAGUAGCAGAGAAAAUCUGCGAUUAA